AUGGCCUAUUAUGCAGAGAAACUACCUUGGAAGGAUCUUGCCUCAGCCUUUGAGUUGAAAGAGACCAACCCUUGUCAACGUGAGGCUCCCGACCUUCAGAUAAGAGUCCAACCCGAUACAAAGGAAAGGCUGGCGGAAUUUCUCAAUGCCCUCAUGCAGAACGCAACGGCUGACGCAAUCACUGAACGCCAAAAAUACCCCGAAAAAUACGACGUUCCUAAUGUGAACCAGGUCAUCAUAACAGACGACGUUGCUGAAAGAAUAGUUCCAACAGUUCGCCGUUGGCACCCUGAGCAAAACUGGCUUUACGCUAGUGAUAUCGCAUCAACAAGGAUACCUGGCAGAGGAAACCUGUGCCCUCAUGAGAACGAGUCUGAGCAGUGCUUCUGUGCUCUGGCUUUCAAAGAGCGCAAGAUGGCUGCAUUCCAACGAAAAUGGGCCUAUAACGAUUGCUAUAAAUUCGAGGAAGUCAAUGGAGAAGCUUUUCAUAACCUCGAGGUUGUCAAGAGUUUACUUCUUCACGGCGGAAUGGAGCCAAUACUUCGCUCUUGUUCUUACGAAGGGUGUGGACUGCCAGAGUGGUGGGAGCAGACGGGGAUGUUCAUGAUUUUGAACCUCCUAUAUUGCUUCCCCGAGACAUGGGACAAGGAAGGUGUGCUGAUUGAUGACUACCGCAAUAUCAAGUCAUAUCAGUUGGCGAUUCGUUCCUCUACCAAGUCUGGAGAUUUAUCCGAUGUUGCAACAUAUCCACACAGAGACUUUUUCGGCAUCGAGGGGGGGCAAUUCAACUUUUACCCUAAGCCAUUCGAUUUUGCCCGCUGGAAGUCUUUGAUGAAGAAAGACGAAUACAGUGUCCGACUAUACAAGGAAAUGAUAGCUUCUUGUGAUGAGCCACCAAGGGGUUCUAAGUGCGAUUCUAGCGAUGGCGAUGAUCAUGAAUCUAUAUUCAACUCGGAAGUCUAUUACAAUCUGGAAUAUUACCCAUAUGGGCUCAUGUCAUACGAAGAAUUCCUAAACUUCGAGAAUCCAGUUGGUUAUCGACCUCACUCGACAGAUAUUCCCCACGUCAGACACGUGUUAUGCGAGAAGGGCCUACCGAUAGAACUGGCCGACCAGGUUAUGAAGGCUGCGAACUACACCCCUACACGAAGCCUACCUAUUGCCGGAAAGCCAUUUCACCCCGGCAACAGAGCCGAAAUGGAUCGGUAUCUCGAGGGUUGCUGGCAGAUGAUUGUCAGGUGUGUUAUGGUCGGCAAUGAACUGGGGUCGAGGAUGCCUGGCGAGAACGAGUUUGUCAGGACGUUCAAAGAAUGCUUGAGGGAGUUAUUUAGAUGCGAUUGCGAGGGGACGUAUGAACUGUUUCAUUAUUUUGAUGAAGCAAUGAUAGGGGUGAACUGGUGA